AUGUAUUUUUUGUCAUUGUUACAUUUCUUGAAGGACGAAAACCCUGACUUGUUCUAUGCUGUGCCCUGGUCCUACGGAACACUCGGUUUGCUCGUUGCGGCAGAAAUACAGAUUGUUCCGGCUAAAAAGUAUGUGAAGGUGGAGUAUAAGCCGGCGCACUCGAUGGACGAAGUCAUCAAAGUUUUCUCGGAGGAAAUAACAAAGAAAUCGGGCAAUGAGUUCGUGGAGGCGUUGAUGUACAAUAAGGAGGAGGCCGUUGUCAUGACGGCGAAUAUAACUGACAAUGCUGAGGAGAGUAAGGUUAAUAGCAUUGGAAAUUUCUGGAAGCCGUGGUUCUUCAAGCACGUGCAGUCUUAUCUGCGUACCGGGCCGGGUGUUGAGUAUAUCCCUCUACGGCAAUACUAUCACCGUCACACACGGAGUAUCUUCUGGGAACUUCAGGACAUCGUCCCAUUUGGCAACAACCUGCUCUUCCGCUACCUCUUCGGUUGGAUGGUGCCUCCCAAGAUAUCUCUUCUGAAGCUGACCCAGGGAGAGACGGUGCGCAAACUGUACGAGCAAAACCAUGUGGUCCAGGACAUGCUGGUCCCUCUCGGCAAGCUCAGAGAGUCACUCAACUGCUUUGACAAGGAGUUGGAUCUGUACCCACUGUGGUUGUGCCCUUUUCUGCUGCCUUCUGUACCUGGUCUUGUCCACCCAAAGGGGAACAAAGAUGAGAUGUAUGUCGACUUGGGAGCCUACGGAACCCCCAAGAGAAAGGGCUUCCACUUUGUUGAAACUACAAGACGAGUUGAAGAGUAUGUUCGCAGUGUCCAUGGAUUCCAGAUGCUGUAUGCUGAUUCUCACAUGACUCGGGAGGAAUUCCGCCAGAUGUUUGAUCACACGCUGUACGACAACUUGAGAGACAAGCUGGGCUGCAAGAAAGCCUUCCCUGAAAUAUAUGACAAGAUCAGCAAAGCUGCUCGCAUUUGAUAGGACAGGAAUGUAUAUCAGCAUUUUAUGUAUGACCUUGCAAGUGCCUGAUUGCAAUUGUGCCAAUUUGUUACAAACGUUCUCAAAUAGAACAAAACAUACUAUUAAAGCUA